AUGCUCCUCGCUGCUCAAGCGCCUCAAGGGCGCUCUCGCUCAAAUAGCUUGCAGCAAAUGCUCGAUCUGGAAAAGAAGCUCAAUGUAAGCACAGAAACUGGCGGGAUUCUGGAGGGUUUGGCUGACGUACUCACACAGUUUCAGCGAACACAUCAAGGCUCUGUGCCUCCAUCUCCGGCAUGCACUGAUAGCAGUGGCUCAGUACCACCCAGUCCAGGCCACCCUCCUCGUCGUUUUGAAUUGGUGCCGAAGGAUAAGAAAGGUCCUACACCUGUUCGAAACUACUCCGCUGUUCCUCCUCCGCUCUUCUCAGCUCCUGAGCGCUCAGAGUCGCCAAACAUGAUCCCCCGAAAGCCCGUUGGAAAGAAUCUUUCUCAAUCAUCCUCAUCGGAGCAGCUCAAAGACGACAAGCCCGCUCACAAGACCGUGGCGUUCAUGUUCCCCCCUGAUGUGGAAGAGCAGCGCUCUGUGUGUCAAUCACCCACUUGGGAAGCAUACGAGCGUCAGAAGAAGGAGAAGAAAGAAGAGAAGCGAAAGGAGCUCCAGCGAAAAGAGGAAGAGAAACGAAAGGCGAAGGAGAAGGAACAAGAAUUAGCCAUGAACCAAGCUCUCGAAGAAGCUUGGAAGAACGCUCCCAAGCCUCGCGGUCGAAAAUUGAGCAAACCUCAACCGCCGCCUCCGUCCCUUGGAACUCAAGGACGCAGCACAACUGAGCCGCCUCAAACCACACAGAAGCGACGAUCUCGCUCGUCGAGCUUAUUGGGAUUCUCGAUUGGUAGAAACAACGACGAUCCUGAAGAGCCCAGACGCAGUCGCUCCAGCUCGCUUACCUCCAUCUUCCGCAAGUCAUUCGAGAUCAAGCGUGCUUCAUUCGAUGAGACCAGCGCUACUGGUUUCUUGGGCGGCAAGAAGCUUGAGAAGAAGAAGGAGGAUUUCCACCAGAAAGUCCUCGAGGACCAGGCCAAGGGUGAUAGCAGGGUCCAUCCGGCUAUGCGAAAGUCGUUCCUGGGCCAUGGGUCAUUCACACCCCUCAAGGUCAAUCCCCUACAGAAAGAGGAAGAUGCCAAACGAAGAGCGUACCCGCCUAUCUCGAUCAACACAUCCGGAGCGAGGGGUCAAUCGAAACCGCCCAAGUCGCCCAAUCGAAGGGGUUCAGUCAAUAUCUACCUGUGGAGCGCCCGAGCUCGACGUGGUUCUGUCAGUGAUGAUUGUGCAGUCGCCGACACGGACGAUGAGGGUGAUCAGAACACCGCGCAUACACCCGACAGCGAGAUCUUGUAUAACAAAGCCCAAGGUCUGAACAGACGAGGCGGUCUUUAUAUCAAGAAGGAUGAGGGCUCGACCAAAGACGGCGAACAAGGCGUCACACCUCGCUCUUCAAACCAGAGCAUGAAACAAGCCGUCAAGCCCAAAGACACCGAAAAACCUCCCCAGCAAGAUACAAUCACCGUCUCCCGCCCCCCAAUAACAACCUCAACACAACCCCAACCCCGACGCUCAUCAACAGCAUCAGGCCUUUCCAUCCCUCCAACACCUCCCAGAAGAAGCUCAAAGCGAGGAUCUCUCACACUCCUCACACGACUCAACCACAACCAACCAGCGUCCGAUGAAGCCAAGAGCGCCCCGGUCGAGUCAUCAAAGUCCAAGGAGAAGCUGUUCAGACAUAAUCCCCCGAGCAUCCGUUAUGAACAGACUUCGCCGGGUGUGCGACCAAAACCGAUCACUGCUGAUUCAGAACCCACUGUGCCCACGAAAUGGAAGUUUAAGGAUGCUGCCAAGAGUGCGUUCAGCAGAGGUCAUUCUGCGCAGAGCUCGGUUUCUUCGACGAUGAGUAAGGAGAGUACUUCUUCUAAGAUGAGCACUGCAUCUUCUGUUGGGCCGCCUGUGCCACCAAAGACGGAUUUGCCAGUGUCGAAGGGAUUGACUGGUGCUAAUGAUGCCCCCAUUCGUACGCAGCACGUUCAUGCUCCGGUCAAGCAUCUCACCCCAGGAACUACACGCUCACCAACUGGUCGUCGACCUACUACAAGCUCAUCAGAGUCCUCAUAUUCCGAUGGGAUCCAAACCGUAUCUCCCAUGAGCACACCACACACAUCCCCUCCCCAGUCCGAAAUGGGCCACUCCCCCAACAUCGCAACCAUCAAACCCUCAAUGCACGCAACCGCCGGCCCCGUCAGUCCCUACUGGUCCUACACAAACUCCCCCCAAAUGGCGCCCAUCGAUCGUUUCGACACCAACCCCUCCGACCCCGAAAUCGAUCCCAUCCAAGAAGCAGCCAACAGAGUAAUGGAAGCCUUCUCAAACGCCAACCUCCGCAGCUCAACACCCCGCCGAACACCCGUCUCCUCCGACGAGACAAGCUUCGCCUCAACACCAACAUACCCCCCUCUCAAGCACAAACCCCGAAGCAAAGGACGCCUGCGCUCCGUUCAGAGCGGCCAUAGAUCGACCGUCUCCGACCCGGAAGCAACAAUCAAGACGCUCCGACGCCAAUCGAACCUAGAGCAUCAGAAUCACGGCGAACCAAGCGCCAAGAUGUUUGUCGAGUGCUGCGCUUGCAUGCGCUACCAUGAUAUGCCAAGCAGACUCUACGAAGCCAUGUCCAACCCCGAUGGUGUACUGAGCGCUGGCUCAACAGAUUUUGCGGGGAGCGUUACCAUGACGGUGAAGUGUCCUUGGUGCAAGCAUGAGAUGAGCACAAAGUGCUGCGCUGGAUUCGCAGCCAUGGUGUACAUCAAAGAGAGAUUUCACUAA